ACAAUUUUUUAACCUAAAAUUCGCAUGUGUGAUCGCGCAAUAGUAUAAGUAUACUCCAAGUAUAGUUCAACGAUUGUUCAGCAUCUAGUUCACAAGGACAAGGCGAUGAGUGAUGCCGAACUCCAGGAGGAGGAAAGAGAAGUGUUACUCUCGAUAUAUGACGGCGAUCCGGCUUUCAAACAGUUGACACCCACGACAUUUCAAUACAAGUAUGGUGAGGAUAAUGAUAUGAAAUCAUUUCUACUGGAAAUAUCAUGGGGUGCAACAUAUCCUACAGAGAAACCAACUAUCAAUAUGAACACAUUUUACAAUAAACAUAUUGUGGAAGAAGUAAAGGACAAGGUGGUGAGUCUCAUAGAGGCAGAGGCUGAACAAUGGUUAGGUAGCGCUAUGACAUAUACGUUAUUUCAGUCUGUGCAAGAACAUUACACAGAUUUAGUGUCUAUGCAACCAAACUCAAUCAUUGAUAUAAAUUCACAUACUAGUAAGCUGAAGAUUACAGAUGAGAAUCAACAGGUUGAGGAAAUAGUAAAAAAACCUAAAAAAGAACAUUUAAGUAAAGCACAAAAGCGUAAACAAUGGAAUAAAGCAGAUGGCAAAGGUGAAAGACCACGAGGAUGGAAUUGGAUGGAUAUAGUAAAGCAUUUAUCACAGACUGGACCAAGAUCAGAGCAGGAGUCUUAAUUUGAGUCAUCUAUAUCAUUUUGUACAGCAAUAAAAGGCAUGUUAUAUUUUUAUAAA